CAGCCGAGCUUGCGCAGUGCGGCGUCGUCGACGGUCUUCCCCGUCCUUUUUAACUUUCAUUGGAGAUUAGGUUCAACACACCAGGAUUCCGCGUGUUCUUCUUCAACUCCCAGAGAUUAGGGAACAACUUCCUUAGCUUCCGCUUAAGAGCAGCCCAGAUGUGCUCAAUUGGGUUCAAAUUGGGACUAUAUAUAGGCCAUCCCUUCCCGGUGAACAAACACCGGGGGCCGCCCGCGCGGGCGGCCGGGCAUCGCAAAAAUCGAGAUGCAGUACCUUUGCGACCUGUUUUCUCGAUUCCAAGGGGUUGCAGCUCCGCGCAGCCGUUGCGCGGCCUGUUGGCGGCCGAGGACGUCGAUUUCGAGGAUCAAAAGUGAGAUUUUCGAGCGCCCGAAAAUCCCUCACCGCCCCGCCCGACAAUCGCGACAACCGACACCAACGACAACAACAAGCUGCAACAAGUUUGCAAGAUUAGGGGGAUACUGGGUACGAAAACCACCCGACUCUUUCGACGUUCUGAAGAAGAGACAGGGCACCCCCGGCCCUGCCCGGUUCUGGGGGAGCGGAAUCAAGAGUCUGGCGGCGCGACCGACCAGUGCGACGAAGCUACGAGGACCGGAGCAAAAGCUGUUGUACGAUUCCGAUUGCAAGAGUUGUUAAUCGACCGAGGAGACGGAGAGUAACGGGUUCGUUAAGGAAGGCACACGGGCGGCCGG